UUGUAAUUUCUUAGAAGACCUGUGUAUGAAUUUACAGUCACAUAAUUUCAUUUAGUGUUGAGAGAGAAGCCGAAAGCAACAGUCAGCAUGAUGUUUGGUCUGAGGAUCACCUUAUUCCUGCUUCUGGCUACUGGAACAAUGACAGUAAAAGGGCUCAGUACUACUGUUCCCACCAGAGGAGAUGGCUUGGAGUCCAGUACUGCUCCUGAUCAAGGAUCCACGACUACUGUUUCCACUACAGGAGAAUCCAGUACAACUGUUUCCAGUACAGGAGGAUCCAGUACUACUGAAUCUACUACAGCAGGAUUAAGUACUACUGCUUCCACCACCACAGGAGGAGUCACCACUACUGAUUGCCCACCAUUACGUCACUUGUGGCUUCUUUUACAAGCAUUGUUAGGCCGCUGGUCAAAUAAUGGAUGGAGACCUACUAGAGGCCAUGGAGGAGCAUCAUCAGGUCGUUGGCCAAAUAAUGGACAUGGAGGCCCUAGAAGAGGAUUUCAGGGGAGUUUCCGUCCUCGCAACCCCAGAGCCCUGCCAUCCACUCUGCUGAAUAAGCUUAAUCAAGAUGGCCGGCUGUCCAACUUCCUGAAUAACUUCAAUCAAGAUGGCCGACUGACCAGUUUGCUGAAUAAUCUCAAUCAAGGUGGCCGAUUGUCCAGUCUGCUGAAUAAUCUCAAUCAAGACGGCCGAUUGUCCAAUUUGCUGAAUAACUUCAAUCAAGGUGGCCAAUUGUCCAGUCUGCUGAAUAAUCUCAAUCAAGGUGGCCAAUUGUCCAGUCUGCUGAAUAAUCUCAGUCAAGGUGGCCGAUUGUCCAGUCUGCUGAAUAAUCUCAAUCAAGGUGGCCAAUUGUCCAGUCUGCUGAAUAAUCUCAAUCAAGGUCCACAGUCCAGUCUGCUGAAUAACCUUAAUCAAGGUGGCCGAUUAUCCAGUCUGCUGAAUAAUUUCAAUCGAGGAUUUCGGGGGAGUUUCCGUCCUCGCAACCGCAGAGGGCUGAAAAUAUAUGAUCUCAUUCGUGGCAAUGGAGGCGCCUCUAGGCCCAGUCCAACUCCAUCCACCAGACCCAGUCCAACUCAACCUACUGGACAAAAUGACGGUCUACUUGACUUGGCAGAUGCUCUUCGUCCAGAUAACGGUCUAUUUAACUUGGCAGAUGCUGUUGCUUCAGCUGAGAAACCAGGCCAAGGAGAUUUCCAGGAAAAUGUGCUCCAAAAACUGGACACAAUUGAUGGGGAAGUGAAACAGCUCUUCCGCCUGCUGCCACGGAUCAUGGCUCAAAGACCAUCAAAGUGAGACUCUGAGAUGAGAAGACGAUGGGUCGGAUGACGACGUCUUCCUGAACAUGUCUGAUCCUAUUAAUCCUUCUUCCUGAUCAGAUUUUAAACAUUUACUAAACACUGUCAUUUAAAUGUUUAUCAGGAGUGUGUUCUUGCAUGUAGCUGUUUGACAGUGUGCAUGUCUCUAUAAGAUCCAAGUAUGAUGAAAGCAUGAAAAUCAGGCAAAGACAACAAAUACUGAAGAAUCAAUAAAGAUGAUCUUUGUGAA